AUGGCUGAGAAAAACACCAGAACCAGCUCAGACUCACCUAACACGAGAGCACCUGUUUUCAAAAAGCCUUCGACACCCAGGGUUCCAAUCCACCAGGUCUAUGCACUACCAGCUCCCAUCAGGACUUUUCCCUUGCCAAGCUUUUACCCGAGUAACCCGCUGUCUCUCGCGCAUCUCGUCUAUAUAUGGUUGAAGCAGACAGUCUUUGCCAGGCCGCCGAAUGAACCCUCCAAGUUGUACCAGGGCGAGUGGUCGCCAGAGACAAGGUCCGUCAACAUCUCAGAUGCUAUAGCCAUAAGAGCUCUGUGGGAGCAGGGCUUCUUUGGAAAAGGAAGUCUGAGCCGCAGCGAGCCAAACUGGCUGAAGCGAGAGAUGAACCGCCGUGGUGUCGAUUCCGUCAGUGUUGCAGAACAAAACACAAAUAAGAGAAGAGAAGAACGUCUUCGGGCCAAAUGGGAACGGGCAAGACUUGAGCAGGAGAUUAUAGAACAGACUCGCCUGGAGGAAAGUCUAGCUGCUGUUGUCCUACCCGCAUCCCAUGCCCUGCAAGCCAUCGUCCCUCCAGUGGGUCCUCUUGAACUUCUUCGAUUGCCCAACUCAGCGUCGGAUCUGGAGGUCGCAACCUUGAUACCCAAUUCCACCAGCGGACUAGCCAACGGCACAAGCGGAUUGUCCUACGAUCUGGCAACCUCAGCAGAACAGUCCCAGAUCAAUGGUGCUCCAAAGUCCAAUGGUAGUACCCACCCACCGUCUCACAAAAUUGAAGGUCUGCACCAUCUGCUUAAGAAGCAGAAGAAUGUCCGUUUCUCAGGUGGCGUCGUCUCGACCACAUUUGACCAAAACGAUGCGCCUAGUCCUGGAGGGUCUCAAUCACAACUUCUGAAGGAUUCUGUGAAAACAGCACCAGUGCACACAGGUCCAGGUAGUGAUAUUUCGCGCAGCGCGCCUCUUGACGAGACUCGAGACCUCGAGCACCUACAGUUAUCUGCACAGGAAGCAUUUUACCUUUCCUUUGCCAUCGGCGCACUGGAAGUCGUAGACCCAAAAACGCAGUCAAAAAUGACAAACUUGGAGCUUCUGCACCUGUUUGCCGACCACUACUAUUUCCCGCCACGAUUGUCGAGCCAUGGAUCCUCUGGUCUACGCACCGAUGACCCUUUUCUUGUUCAUUACGUUGUGUUCCAUCACUUUCGAUCACUUGGCUGGGUUCCUCGCGAGGGCGUCAAGUUCGGAGUUGACUUGCUCCUUUACCGGCGCGGACCCGUAUUUGAUCAUGCUGAAUUUGGCCUCAUGGUGCUUCCAUCUUAUUCACAUCCAGAUUGGAACCUUGAGGAGCGCAGACACCCGCAGCAAAAUGUAUCUUGGUUCUGGCUACAUGGAAUCCAACGGGUUCUUUCUCACGUGCUCAAAAGUCUGGUUCUUGUCUACGUAGACAUCCCGCCGCCCUCAACCGUCGACUUGGUAUCAGACCCAAACAAGGGGGGCAUUUCUGGCCUGCUGGAGCAGUACAAAGUGAGGGAAGUGAUGGUUAGGCGUUGGUCCUCAAACCGCAAUCGGUAG